CUCCGCGCGAUUUGAUAGAAAGGUGAAUAAAAAACUAGGGAAGCUACCAAAGCCGGAGAAGAAGGAAAAACAUCAGAUCUCUUCUUAUCUAUCCUUCCCAUUUUCUGCCCCACCUUUUUCGGCGGAGAUCUAUUCAAAUUCCUUCUCUCCGUUUCCUCUACAGUCUUCUGAUCCAGCUGAGUCAACGAAUUGAGCCUUAUCGCUCUGCAGAUCGGAGCCGUCCGUGCAUAGAUCGGAGAAAUCUUACGGCUCAGAAAUUUAUAGAUCCGUCUAAAAAUCGGAACUGAUUGUACGGAAGAGGGUUUGAAGGAAUAGAAAGGGGUGAAUUAUGGCACCGAGCACGAUCCGGAAGGCGAUCGGAGCGGUGAAGGAUCAGACGAGUAUCGGCAUUGCAAAGGUGUCCAGCAACACGGCCCCCGAUCUCGACGUCGCGAUCGUCAAGGCCACCAGCCACGACGACGAUCCGGCCGACGAGAGGCACGUGCGCGAGAUCCUGACCCUUACUUCGUAUUCGAGGGGCUACGUCAAUGCCUGCGUCUCCAUGGUCUCGAAGCGUUUGGGGAAAACGCGCGACUGGAUCGUCGCCCUCAAGUCCCUGACGCUGGUCCACCGGCUGCUGGCGGACGGCGAUCCCAGCUUCCAGCAGGAGAUCCUUUACGCCACACGCCGCGGAACCCGGCUGCUGAAUAUGUCCGAUUUCCGCGACGAGGCGCAUUCCAAUUCGUGGGACCACUCGGCGUUCGUUCGCACAUAUGCGCUGUAUCUGGAUCAGAGGCUGGAGUGUUCGGUGUAUGAGAAGAAGCAGGGCGGGAGCGGUGCUGGCGAUAGGGAGUUACGCAGGCGGCAUUCGGAUUAUGGGGAAUUCGAUUCGUAUAAUGGCAGCGGCAGUGGAUACGGCGGUCAUGGACGGUCUCCUUCGGGUUAUGGGGAUUACUCGAGCCCGCCGCCACGGAACGACCGGAGUCCGCAGCAGCAGCAGCAGCCAAUAACCCCGCUCCGGGAUAUGAAGCCGGAGCGGGUGCUGGGGCGGAUGAACCAGAUGCAGCUGCUGCUGGAUCGGUUCUUGGCGUGCCGGCCCACUGGUACGGCCAAGAACAGCCGGAUGGUCCUCAUCGCUCUGUACCCUGUUGUUAAGGAGAGUUUCCAGCUCUAUGCUGACAUCUGCGAGAUCUUGGCAGUUUUGCUCGACCGCUUCUUUGACAUGGAGUACCCUGAAUGUGUUAAGGCGUUUGAGGCCUAUGCUCGGGCCGCCAAGCAGAUCGACGAGCUGGCGGCAUUCUAUGCGUGGUGUAAGGACACAGGUGUGGCCCGAUCAUCUGAAUAUCCAGAGGUGCAGAGGAUCACAGAUAAGCUGUUGGAGACACUGGAGGAGUUCAUGAGGGAUAGGGCUAGGAGGCCAAAGAGCCCAGAGAGAGAGGUGGUCCCGCCACCGGAGGUGGCUCACGAGGAGCCAGCGCCGGAUAUGAACAGCAUCAAGGCACUACCCGCACCAUCUGAUUAUGAGGAGCCUCCCCGGGAGGAGAAACCAGCGCCUGUAAAGCAGCCAGAACAGAGCGAAGCAGAUCUUUUGAAUCUCAGGGACGAUGCAAUAUCUGCUGAUGAUCAGGGCAAUAGGUUUGCUCUGGCUCUUUUCUCUGGUGCGCCGGGGGCAAAUGGUGCAAAUGGGUCAUGGGAAGCCUUCCCAUCGAAUGGGGAGUCUGAAGUGACUUCGGCGUGGCAGACACCUGCCGCUGAGGGCGGAAAAGCCGAUUGGGAGCUUGCCCUGGUUGAAUCAGCGAGCAAUCUUAAUAAGCAGAAGGCAGCAUUGGCAGGCGGAUUCGAUCCGCUGUUGUUGAAUGGGAUGUAUGAUCAGGGCGCCGUGAGGCAGCAUGUGAGUGCCCAAGCGAACACAGGAGGGAGCGCCAGCAGCGUUGCAUUGCCAGGACCUAGCAAGACACCAGUUUUAGCAUUGCCAGCUCCUGAUGGCACCGUCCAGACGGUGGGGCAGGAUCCAUUUGCGGCGUCGCUGAUCGUCCCACCACCACCAUAUGUGCAGAUGGCAGACAUGGAAAAGAAGCAGCAGUUGCUGACACAGGAGCAGCUGCUGUGGCAGCAGUACGCGCGGGAUGGUAUGCAAGGACAGGUUGGCUUGGCGAAGAUAGGUGGCAAUGGGUUCUACACCACGGCGGCUCCCCCCAUGCCGAUGCCUUAUGGGAUGCCCAUGCCGAUGCCACACGUCAAUGGAGGUGGGUACUAUGCACCUUAUUGAUUUUGCUAGUGUAUAAAACCACACUGAAGCUGCUGUUUUGCAUGGGAUUAGCUUAAAUUUUUAUCUCGAUUAAUGGCUAUCAUGUUUGUGUUUGUGUUUGAGAGAGAGAGAGAGGGAGAGAAUGAAAUAGAGAUUGUUUGGGAGGUGGCUGCUCAUGCUUUGUAAGUUUUAAUGAGUUUGUAUGGGCUUAUAGACAACAGGAGGUCUGUUGGUUCUCUCUAUUUCUUUCUUAUCUUGUGUUUCAUCUUCUAUUCAAUUGGUUGUUUUUGGUUCA